UCGGCUACGACGGGAUUCGCAUUGUCGGCGGAGGCGAUGAUCACAAAAUCCUACUGCCUGCUACUGCCGGACUCUUCUCCACGAUUUAACGCCAUGCUUUUGGUAGCGCCUAAAGUGACAUAAAGCCGUAGCGUUGAUUAUCUCCUUAUUACUUUCUGUUGCAUACUGAUUCAUAGCUGACUUUCUGUCAGUAUCAGUCAGUAUUAAUUAUUAACGAUUGUAUCAACUAGUUGAGUGUUUGACAUUUGUAUUUAAAAGGAAGACGUUAUAGAGAAACUUUGAAUAUGAGCUCAGUCAAAGAUACUGGCAAAGAAGGAACACAAAGUGACAAUGUGUCAGUGGAUAAUUUGGAAUUGGAUGGAAAUCUACGAUGUGAAUCUCCAAAACGUGGAACUACUCUGUCAACAAGUACAAGUAGUUUUGAAGCUUUAGAUCCACAUGAUCCCAAUCUUAGCCGUUUGGCAAAUACAAUGUUUCAAAAGACUGGAGAAUAUCUUCAAGAAGAGCUUACUGCGACUCAUGCUGAUUACCGAUUAUUAGAGCGCUUAAAUAAGGAAGCCAUUGAGAAGUAUGCAGAGUUGAAAACCAUAUCGACAAAUGUGGCACAUUCAUUAGAUACACUAAAUCAAAAGUAUAAGAAACUUCAACCAGUACUGGAUAACAUUAAUCAGAUAGAUGACAGUGUAACAAAAUUAGAGCAGGCUGCAUAUAAAUUAGCUGCAUAUUCCAAAAGACUGGAAGCUAAAUUCAAGGAAAUCGAGAAAGAGAACAGUAGCAAGUGAGAUGUCGCUGUCUGUUUUGAAAUAUUUUAAUUGCCACUGUACCCCAUGGGUAAAUAUUUUCAUAUAAUCUAAAUUAUGUGAUAUGUUAUUAAAAGGAUUUGCUUCAUCGAUAUUCAUGGAGUUCUAAAUUCUUAUUUUUAAUACACAAUUGCCUCCUUUGGUGCAAUAUAUGGUCAUAGGAAUAAGAUCUCUAAACAAGAAGGAAUUCUGUAUUUAGAAGUAUCAAUAAGUUAUUAAAUAACAAGGGUUCAUAUUUGUAACUAAAAUAACAUAAAUGCUAGUAUAGAGUAGAACUUUUAUUAUUGAUGUACACGCGUAUUAUAAUUUAUACAUAGCCGGCAGAUGUGCAAAAUCUGUAUUCUAUUAUUUAUUAAUAAUAUAAAUGUUACUAUUGAA